AUGGAUGAAUUCUUCAACCCAAACCCUAGUUCAUCAACUUCCAACAAUUCCUUUUUCUAUUACGAUUCAAUUUCCAUUCCAAUCAAUGAUCCCGAACAUCUUCGACUGCAAUCUCAGGCGAUUGAAAAUAUGUCCAAUUAUCCUCCUUGGAGUCUCUUCUCUGAGAAAAACCCUAGUUUUCGAGAAUCGCUCGAAAGCCUUGUCGAUGAGGUGAAUAGUUUGAGUAUUGAAACGGGCGCAAGAAACAUUGAUCCCCGUUUUGGAAUAUACGAGUUAGAUGAAAAUCCUAAUUUCUUUAUGGCGACUCAAGCAACGUUCAAUAAUCGGUUUCAACCAAUUUUAGGUUUACCUCGUGAAGAUCCUAGAAUUUUCAAUGGGAUUAUUUUAAUGUUGGCCAAGGAUCAAUAUGGGUAUAGGGUUUUGGAGGAUGCAAUUGAGGAGGGGUAUUUAGAAGAUAUUGAUUUUAUGUUCAUCGAGACUAUUAGAUAUUUUAGAGAGCUCAUGAUUCAUCGUAUUGGUAGUUCUUUUGUUCGGAAGAUGUUAAGAGUAUGUAACCCUCUAUAUAUCACUCAGAUUGUUUCAUUGGUGGUUAGUGAUUUAUCGCGACUCUUGGAAAUUUGUGUUGACAAUUAUGGAGGUGUAGCGAUUAAAAAACUUAUAGAUUAUGUGUCGAUGCAAGAACAAAGAAUGAUGUUAGUAUCGGCUCUUGGGUAUAUCACACUUGAUUUGUUAAAAGAUGCUAAAGGUCAUCAAGUUGUUCAACAUUGUUUGAUGUCUUUUAAUAACGAAGAGAAUAAGCCGAUAUUAGAUGUGAUGGCGGAUAAUUGUUUUGAGAUUGCCAAAGACAAAAUCGGUUGUUUUGUCUUGCAAUAUAGCUUGUCGGGUGUAAGAGGAUAUUCAUGGAACCGUAUGGUUAAUCAAAUCAUCCAUAAUGUAUAUGUCCUUUCAAAAGAUCCUCACGGAAACUAUGUAAUACAGAAUGUAAUCAGUUUACAAAUUCGAGAGGUAAAUUCUCACAUGUUGUCACAAUUAUCCAAAAAGUUCAUUCUUCUCUCGAUGAAUAAGUUUGGGAGUAAUGUGGUGGAAAAAUUCUUCAAAGUUUGCGACGAUGAUCAGAAGGAGGUAAUCGUAAAAGAGUUUAUGAACGUUCCGAUAUUUUUGAGGUUAGCCGAACAUCCAUUUGGAAACUUCGUAGCACAAGCCGCAUUGAUGAAUUUAUCGGGUAACAUUGUGCAGGAACUGGUAUCUUUGGUUAUGUCGCAAUAUCAUUAUUUGAGAAAUCAUCAUUUUGGAAGAAAUGUGUUGGAGAAGGCUAGACUUAUUAAUUCACAAUGA